AUGGAAGAAAGUGGGACGGAUGUUGAAUGGUUUCGUUUCAAGGCCUGGUCUUUGGAGUGCGACGCCAAGCGGGAGCUAGCGCAGCAGCGCCAGGUGGAGCUAAAGGCAAUAUCCCAGGAGGAGGAACAGAAGCGCCAGCGCUGGGAGCAGGAGCUCUGGUCUGAUCUGACGCAGCUGAGAAAGCGCUUGGAGGCGUUGAGCCGGAACCUCCAGCUCGCCGGGUCCGAGGAGCUCCGCCAGAUGGUGAGUACAAUGGAACACAAGCUGAAGGUGCAAUCUGAGCAGUCCAGGCAAGAAUACGAGGAGCUCUGUGCUGAGGAGAUCCAUUUGGAAGAGGCUUUGCAGGCCUCCCUGGCACGCUUCGACGCCUGGACGAGUUGCGCCUCCGCCGUCGCGCCCGCCCGCAGCGCCCGCAGCGCCACGCCGGCCCGUGCGCCGCGCGCCCGGAGUGCGCGGAGCGCGCCGGGGCGGCGGCGCAGUGGGCCCAGCAGAGCCAGGACUGGCCGAGAUGUGAAGGCCAGGGUGGAGGAGAUCUCCAAGAAGCUAGCGACGCCGCGACAUGUUGGAGGCUGGUGCCAAGCCGAUCAUGAUGCUUUCCUACGCUUGCUGGUGGGACGCUUUCGCGGCCGUGCCACGGGGGACUUCCUCGCUGAGGCGCAGGAGCUCUUGCCGCAUUUGCAGCAUGAGCAGCUGCUUCAGCACGCACGAUGGAUGCUGGAGCAGGACGCCCUGCGUGCGGAGCGGCAGCAGCUUCUGGACGCGUGGCGUGCGGAGAAGGCGACCGAGGCACAGCGACCGAUCGCCCAAGAGGCGCAGCAGGAAAGUCAGGAGCAGCUCCGUGCUGAAGAGGAGAGAAGGCAGAGCCUUGCUGAGAAGAAGAAACAAGUGGAGGCUUGGCGCCGGCAGAAAGGCCUUGAGGCUGAACGGCUGGCAGCUGAGAAGCUCCGCUGCGAAGAGGAACAGCGGCGGAAGGCGCAGCGUCGGAGGGAGGAGCUCCAGACGAAGAAGCAGGACAUGGAGCAGUGGCGGGAAGUCAAGAAGGAAGCUCUUCGGCAAAGCAAACGGGCGAGCCAGGCACCGAGCUCCGUGCCCUUGAGCCACGAGCAGCUGCAGCGGCUCCGCGCACGUAGCGAGCAGCUCCUGCGACAUCGGGAGCAACUCCAGAGUGCUGCCAAGGCUGCCAAGGGGCGCUUUGCACCCCCAGAGCGGGCGGCCAAGAGCGAGGCCUAUGCGCAUGUACAAGGCCGCCUAAGCAGCAGCACUCAAGACUUUGUACUCCGCGCACGAGAGCGUCAGGAGGAAGAGGUGGCCACCUUCUGCCGUGGACGGGUUGCUGGGAACUUUGCUCACCAGGGGCUGGUGAGGACCCUGAGAGCCUCCCCAGGAUGGCGGAACAUGUGCUGA